UAUGUUUUUCUGUUUCUAUUUUGUGCUGCCGAACUCAACAAACCGGCCUCGAACGAAGCACGGUGUGUAAGCGAAAGUGUGGAUGUUCUACAAAUAAAAACAACAUAACAUUGACGUUUGCUGUGAUUCUCGCCUCACCCCACCGAGAGCAGAUACGACGGAUUCGAUGCUCGUUUUCUAGUUUCAAAAAUAAACAGAGCAGUAUCAAUCUCUCAGAACGACGACGAUGUGUAGGUAUGUACUUGCUUUAGAUGCCAGUGAACGGAAGCUGUAACUGUGCUAAGGCACGGGAUGAACCAUAACAACACGAUACCGCGAGAGUGCCAUUGAAGGGAAGCACACAAACUACGUGAGACUUUCGAAGAGCACGGACGAAUUUUCGCGAUGUGAAACAUUUAUGAAGAGGGUGUGUGAGAGUUUUCCUUUACAGCCUAUUUAUGCUUAGCGAAAAUAUAGUAAAUGUGAUAUAAAAAUUACAUCAAAAGCGAAUAUAGGUCGUUUGCGGGAGUAUUCUAGUUGCAGCCAGAUAAAUCCAGCGUGAUUAACCAUGGGUGAGCAUUUGCUGAACGAUUCUGAGACCUUCGAGAUGCUUAAGGCUCUGUAUGAUUUCACGGCGGUUUAUCCGAAGACUAUCAGCUUUGACGAGGGCGAAUACUUUAUCUUACAUCAAACCAGCGCCCGUCAGAGAAACUGGUGGCAAGUGGUCAGCAUGAAAGGAAACAUCGGCUUCGUGCCAUCGAAUUAUGUCAUGAAGCUAAAGGUCGAUCCCAACUUUCUCAAUGGGUUUCUAGAAUCUAGCAUUGAAUCACUACGAAUGUCGACGGAAAAGGAAAUAAAUGGUAUUAUUAACCGACAAGAGCUCAUCGAUCGAUUGGUUGAGAAGCAAAGGAAAGUUGAAAAAAUAUUGAAGAGUGAGUCUUCCGACAGUGAGGAAGCGCCACCACCCAAGCUCGGAAAUGGAAGUAUUUCAGGCCUGGAAGAGCAUGCUAGUAAUCAUUGUUUUGAUACCAGCCUCAAUCAUAACACAGAACACUACCAUUCUCCAGUGUCAUCCAAGCAUGAAAAAUUAACCAAAAAAUCCCAGUCUAGUCCAGCCGUAGGCGCUGCCAACAAUGUUCCGCAGUUCAUACAGGAAAGCCCUAGCAUGAGCAUUCUGUCAUCCAAGCUGAACCAAGAGGAACCGUUGACACCUACUGCCCAGGAGAACAGCGUGGUGUCAGAGAUAUCAGAAACGGAAACAACCAACACCGCCACCACCACUACAACUACUACUACAAGUGACGAAAUAACCGCCAUUUCUCGGGGUGAUGAAGAAAUCCCUAAGACAGAACCAACGGCCGAACCGGAAGUGCAAACGGAUCUCGAGAAUGAGUUGGAAAUCACCAAUAAUGACGACAUGACCGCUAGUGAAAAUGAACCGCACCCCAAAGAGUCAUCUGCCAAAGAGCCUAACGACGAAUUGGACGCGACAGCGAAGAGUGAAAAUGCAAUCGAAAUCCUACCAAUGAAUAUAGAACCCCAGGAUGUUUACCAGGUGGUAGAUGCAAUUCGCACUAGCACAAGCCUUAGCCACGAAAUGGCAUGUGUAGCGCUUCGCGUGGUACUGAGUGAACUUGAACCUUUGCUUCCUCCGCCAGUGGUCAAACAUCUGGAACCGAUUGCCGUUCACCUUACAGCCCCCUUAGACGUUCCAGAUCCGUUCCUAGCGCAAACCCACGACGCGCAGCGUUUACGCAUCAUUUUCGCAGGCCUGUCAGAAUGCAAAAACGAUUCAGAGCAACGAACUUGGAUGCUGCACGAAGACGAAGCGGAUAUUAGUCGCUAUUUGAGCGAACUAAUCAUCAUCCUAACCGACGCUGAUCCAAAGAUUUGUCGCAACGAAAUGGCCGUUGAUCACUACCAGAGUGUCAUAAACUUAGUCCUGUACUACCAAAUGGAAACGCGCUGGUCCAUUCGGAAGUUACUGCUUAAAGCUUUCAAAGCGAUGUGCCAUCUUGAUUACACCACAGUCGAUAUUUUGCUGGGGUCCGUUCUUCCGCUGGAAAUCAUUCAGGAUAUGAUAUCCAAUGCGAGAAACGUGGAAAAACUCCAAGAGUUGGCGAACAUGUUGAUAAUCGUAUUCUCCAUUGGUAGAAAAAUGCCAAUAAAUCAACAAGAACAUCUUCGGUCAGACUUUAUUAUAUUUCUAUUGAACAUAAUAGAAAACCCGCCCGAAACUGACGUUCACGGUGUUCUCUCUGAAACCAUGAUCAAUUUGAUUCUGUCGUUUAAUUUGCAGUUCGAUAAUUUUACUGACAAUAUUGUGCUAGAGGCCAUGGAGCAGAUUCAAACAGCGAAAACUUUCACCGAAAAGAUCCUUGUACUGAUUAAUCGAGAGGAAGAUCCAGUUCACACAUUGAAACACACUCCCGCACAUAUUAAUCCUGUUCUCAAAAUGCUUGUGGAUUUAUUUAGCCAGCAAGAGACAGCUUCUAUUUUUUACACCAAUGACCAAAGCGUACUGAUCGAUAUUCUAGUCCGUCAGCUAUCUGACCUUUCAGCCGGAGAACCAAUUCGCAAAUGGUACUUGGAGCUGUGUCGAAGAAUCGUCCGGAACACCAGCUACGCAGAACACCAGCAUCGAAAGCAGGAUCUGAUGAAAAUUUUUACCCGCAUCUUUUGCGAGGAAACAGAAUGCAGCGCCGGUGAUCAGCAGAUUGUGCGUGAAAUCGCUAAUGAAUUUCCUCAAAUUUUCAAGGCAUGAAGGCUGUCCGCCGACGAUCCCAACAUAAUUGCAAGCGAGCACACCAAACAGUCGGCUGUUCGGGAAAUAAUGAGAUGUUUUUCAGGUGCCAGUUAUUCUUAUGUUUACCAGCGAUAUUGUUGACACGUUGACGCGUUGACACAUGCAACCAGGUAUUUCUUACGGCUGACAUAGAUUUUUGUAUCGAGCAAAGAGGUAGUGCGUAAAGGAAGUUUCUCUAAAUAAGGAAAGUUUGUUCUAUCAUUCAGAGGAUCACAUGCCUCGUUUGGGUGACUCUCUGGUUAUGCCUAUUAUCUAACAGUUCAUAAAAGGAUAUACCGUUGUCCAACCCAUUCGAUACAUGUGGUAAACUGACUGCCAGUGCAAUCCUACCGAGACUUCCGAAAGCGCCGAUCGGAAAACAGCAUGAACAUUGAACUUUCUUCUAAUACAAGAUUCUAAACGAUCUCAACGCUCGAAAGAAAAACAAUAGCGAAAAUAUCUGAAACAUUAUUUAUCUUUAAAUUUAAAGCUAAUCAAACAUUUAGAUAGAAAAGUCCUAACAGAGUAACAGAGCAGUCAGUACCUGCUCUGGCACACAUCCAAUCCAAUUGUCACAACUUUCAAGCUAAUUCUCUUCCAAACACAAGCAAGUAUACGACAGCAGAGCCACGGCUUCAAACACAAACUUCCCUCAAAACGCGGCUUCCGAGAAAAACAAUUGAUCAGUAGAAAAUACCCAAACUGAUUUGAACUUGUUGAUUUUAUUGCUUUUCACAAUCAAAAAUUAAAAUCGCAAUGUCGAUUUGUUACAUUCUACUAAAAAAAAAUAAAACACAACUAUGCAGAGCUUACACUUUCUAUUAGAUUUAUGUAAUGUUGAAAAUACAGUGAUGUAUAACAUGAUUGGAUCGUUGAAAUUUGUAUCAUUGUUUAAAAUACUCUCGUCACAAGUACGAAUUGGCAGAACCUAAAAAUGAACAUUUGGUAGCAUUAUUCCAACAGUAGCAUUGUUCAAUUAGUAUUUAAGGCCCAAACUAAUAAUCAAAAAAAAACUGAUGUUACACAAAGCAUUUAUCGUUUUACCUAUGUGUUAGUCGUUGAGUUUUGUGAUCCAAAUUCAAUGAAUAUUCGAGCAAAAAAAAAUAUGAAUCUAUCCCUUCGAUGCCAAAAAUUUAGCCUAAACCUUACCUAAUCCAGAACUGUUAGAAAACUACUCCGACUCAACCAAAAUUAGUUGUGGAAAGAAAUUCAAAUUUUAUACAAAUCAGUAAAUAUUACAAAACAGAAAUGGAGGAACAUUUUUUGGAGUGGAACAAACAGCGCCAAGCACAUAACCGUUAUAAAACAAUUUUAACUACGAAAAUCAAGAAAAAAAAUAUUUCGAAAUAGAUAUUUAACCAAAGGAAGAUAGACAGCUAAUUAUAUUUUAGUAGGUUACAAAUGCAUUUCAAAGUUUAUAAAACAGAACAUUUUUAAAAACCGAUGUAAAUCAAAUAACGAAUGAUCCCCGUGCGAACUGUUUCGCAGCGGGUAACCGUAGAAAAUAAAACGCAAUUUCAAAGCAGUUACGCUAAUACAUCAUCGAUAGGAAAGGUAUUCAAAGAUUGAAGCAAUUUAAAAACACUAUUUAAGAAAUAAAAGUUGAGAAAACAA